AUGCUUAAGCAAAAGUCCAGGAAUAAAUGGUUGGUGGAGGGUGCUGGUAAUACAAAUUUCUUUCACAAUAGUAUCCGUAUGCGUCGUAGUAGUAAUACUAUUUCGGAGUUGGUGGAUGCUAAUGGGGUUACGGUAACAUAUUGUGAUCAGAUUAGAGAUCUUAUGGUUGGCUAUUACGAAGCAAAAUUCAAUGGAGAUGAUGCAGUUCCGGUGGAUUCUCUUUUUGACAUUGAGCAUGAUAGUCUUUCGGAUGAGGAGAGGAAUAGAACGGAUCAUUUUCCCACUGUUGAAGAAAUUCAUGUAGUUGUUUUUGGUUUAGAUGCGGAUAGUGCUCCUGGUCCAGACGGUUUUGCUAGUUUUUUUAUAGGCAUUGCUGGGAGGUCAUUAAGGAUGAUUUGGAAGGGUAUAAAUAUCCAUGAAAAUAUUAGUCUUGCUUCAUAUAUCGUUAAUGAAAUGAAAAUUAAGCGUAAGGAUGACAAUGUGGGUUUAAAGUUAGAUAUCACGCAAGCUUUUGAUACUGUGAGGUGGCCUUUUGUUAUGGAGGUUUUUAGAAGAUAUGGGUUUUCGGAUGAUUGGUGCAAUUGGAUCCUGCAGAUUUUGAAAUCAUCUAGAAUUUCUGUCCUUGUGAAUGGUAGUCCGGAAGGUUUUUUCAGUGUUGAUAGAGGCCUUCGUCAGGGUGAUCCCUUGUCUCCUCUGAUUGUUGUUUUGACUGAGGAUGUUUUAAGUAGAAAUAUCAUGAAAUUGUUUCGUGAGGGUUCCAUGACUACCAUGGCCACUAUAAAAGGUAACAUGAAGAGUUUGAGAAAUUUGAUGGCUCUUUUGAGUUCUUAUCAAAAGGCUUCGGGUCAGACUGUUAGUAGAAAGAAGAGCAAGCUCUAUUAUGGAGGGUGUUCUUUGAGGAGGAGGAGGAGGGCAACAAUCUCUGAAUUUUUGGGCAUGAACAGUACUUCUUUUCCGGAUAGCAAUGUGGUAGAGAAGAUUAAAGAGCAAUUAGCGGGUUGGAAGGGUAGGAUGCUAUCUUUUCAAGACAGGGUGAUGCUUGUCAAGUCAGUUAUUGCAAGUUAUUUUAUUCAUAACAUGGUUGUUUAUAAAUGGCCUACUAAGUUUAUUCAUCAAUGUGAGGUGGCUAUCUGUAACUUCUUAUUGUCAGGGGAUUCAAAGGUGAGUAAAUCUUUUGUGGUGGCGUAUGACAAGGUUUGUUCUCUGUAUUCUGAAGGGGGUCUUGGUAUUACUCAAAUGCGAGUCAUGAACAAAGUUAUGCUUAUGAAAUUAUGUUGGAAGAUUUGUACUUCUCAAAAGGUAUGGGUUAGAUUUUUAAGUGCUAAAUUCUUUUCUAGAAAUGGGCUUUUGGUGGGUUACACGAAGUCUUCUAUCUUUCCUGGUUUUCGUUUGUUUUAUGCUGAUGUGGAGUUAAAUACAAGGGUGUUGAUAGGUGAUGGAAGGUUUACAUUUUUGUAUUUCGGUUCAUGGUGGGGAGAUACUUCUAUUGCUGAUAUCUUAGGUCUGAAUGACUUGGAUAGGCAGGUUAGAGCCAUUGAUAUGAUUUUGAAUGGUGAAUGGGAGUUCACGGACCAGGCUUUGAACACGUUCUUAGCUGCUGGAAUUGUCUUGGAUGAUUUGCCAGUUCCAAUGGGUGGAGUGGAUUGCAAAGUUUGGAAGUCAGACAUCAAGGCCCAGUUCUCUGUUAUCUCGGCUAAAGACCUAAUUCCAAGAGAUAUCCUAAGUUUGAUGGUGCUACUUUGCUAUGGCGUCCUGUUAUUCAUCCUUCUCUUACUGAAAGAAAUUGAAAAAAAAACGUGGAGCUUGUGCAACUCUUGA